AAGCAUUUCAGGCUGAGGGAUUAGCAGAAGCCAAGGCUCAGCGGUGGAGCACGUCCGAAGAAGCACGUCAGAAGGCGGGAGGCCAGUGGGCGCAGUGGACAGAGCCAGGAUGGGAGAGCAGGACCGGAGGCCCCUGAGGUCACCAGCCUCGGCAGGAGAUGGGGAGCCGCUGCGGCGUUUUGAGGAGGUAUGCCACCACGCCGACUGCCAGCAGCUGCACCGCCGGGGCCCCCUCAGCCUCUGCGAGGCCUGUGACAGCAAGUUCCACAGCGCCAUGCAUUAUGAUGGGCACGUCCGCUUCGACCUGCCCCCCCAAGGGCCAUCAGAAGGACACGAGUUGACUGUAAACGAUGAAACCCAAGUCCACUGCCGUCCCUUUUGUUCCACAAGUUUUUUAACAAGAGAAAAAGUUGGGGACCGGCCCAGCUCGAAGGCAGGCUCUGUCCUGGCUCGGAAUGUGUCCACCCGGUCAUGCCCCCCGCGCACCAGCCCUGCAGUGGACGUGGAGGAGGAGGAGGAGAGCUCUGUGGAUGGCAAGGGGGACCGGAAGAGCACAGGCCUGAAGCUCUCCAAGAAGAAAGCCUGGAGGAGACACACAGAUGACCCAAGCAAGGAGUGCUUCACGCUGAAAUUUGACCUGAACGUGGAUAUCGAGACAGAGAUCGUGCCAGCCAUGAAGAAGAAGUCGCUGGGGGAGGUGCUGCUGCCAGUAUUUGAAAGGAAAGGCAUUGCGCUGGGCAAAGUGGAUAUCUACCUGGACCAGUCCAACACGCCCCUGUCCCUCACCUUUGAGGCCUACAGGUUCGGGGGACACUACCUGCGGGUCAAAGCCAAGCCAGGGGACGAAGGGAAGGUAGAGCAGGGGGUGAAGGACUCCAAGUCCCUGAGUCUGCCAAUCCUGCGGUCAGCCGGGGCCGGGCCCCCCACCCAGGAGCGCGUGGACCCGCAGAGCCGCCGGGAGAGCCUGGACAUCCUGGCCCCUGGCCGCCGACGCAAGAACAUGUCGGAGUUCCUGGGGGAGGCGAGCGUCCCUGGGCAGGAGCCCCCAGCGCCCUCCAGCUGCUCUCUGCCCAGCGGCAGCAGUAGUGGCAGCAGCAGCAGCAGUGGCGGCAGUGACAGCUGGAAGAACCGGGCGGCCAGUCGCUUCAGCGGCUUCUUCAGCUCAGGCCCCAGCACCAGCGCCUUCGGCCGGGAAGUGGACAAACUGGAGCAGCUGGAGGGCAAGCUGCAUGCCUACAGCCUCUUCGGGCUGCCCAGGCUGCCCCGGAGGCUGUGCUUUGACCACGACUCGUGGGAGGAGGAAGGUGACGAAGAGGAGGACGAGGACGACGCCUGCCUGCGGCUGGAGGACAGCUGGCGGGAGCUCAUCGACGGGCACGAGAAGCUGACCCGGCGGCAGUGCCACCAGCAGGAGGCGGUGUGGGAGCUCCUGCACACAGAGGCCUCCUACAUUAAGAAACUGAGGGUGAUCACCAACCUGUUCCUGUGCUGCCUCCUGAAUCUGCAAGAGUCAGGGCUGCUGUGUGAGGUGGAGGCGGAGCGCCUGUUCAGCAACGUCCCGGAGAUCGCGCGGCUACACCGCGGGCUGUGGGGCAGCGUGAUGGCGCCGGUGCUGGAGAAGGCGCGGCGCACGCGGGCGCUGCUGCAGCCCGCGGAUUUCCUCAAAGGCUUCAAGAUGUUCGGCUCCCUCUUCAAGCCCUACAUCCGAUACUGCAUGGAGGAGGAGAGCUGCAUGGAGUACAUGCGGGGCCUACUACGGGACAACGACCUCUUCCGGGCCUACGUCACGUGGGCCGAGAAGCACCAGCAGUGCCAGCGGCUGAAGCUGAGCGACAUGCUGGCCAAGCCCCACCAGCGGCUCACCAAGUACCCGCUGCUGCUCAAGUCGGUGCUAAGGAAGACCGACGAGCCGCGCGCCAAGGAGGCCGUCGUCACCAUGAUCGGCUCGGUGGAGCGCUUCAUCCACCACGUGAACGCGUGCAUGCGGCAGCGACAGGAGAGGCAGCGGCUGGCGGCCGUUGUGAGCCGCAUCGACGCCUACGAGGUGGUGGAGGGCAGCAACGACGAGGUGGACAAGCUCCUGAAGGAAUUUCUACAUCUGGACCUGACGGCACCCAUCCCUGGCGCCUCCCCUGAGGAGACACGCCAGCUGCUGCUGGAAGGGAGCCUGAGGAUGAAGGAGGGGAAGGACAGCAAGAUGGACGUGUACUGCUUCCUCUUCACCGACCUGCUCUUGGUGACCAAGGCGGUGAAGAAGGCAGAGAGGACCAAGGUGAUCAGGCCACCGCUGCUGGUGGAAAAGAUCGUGUGCCGGGAGCUUCGGGACCCUGGGUCCUUCCUUCUCAUCUACCUGAACGAGUUCCACAGCGCCGUGGGGGCCUACACGUUCCAGGCCAGCGGCCAGGCCUUGUGCCGUGGCUGGGUGGACGCCAUCUACGAUGCCCAGAACCAGCUUCAGCAGCUGCGCGUGCAGGAGCACCCAGGCGGCCAGCAGCACCUGCAGAGCCUGGCAGAGGAGGAGGAUGAGCAGGAGGAAGAGGAGGAGGAGGAAGACGAGGAGGAGGAAGGAGGGGAGAGUAGCACUUCGGCGGCCAGUUCCCCUACCAUCCUGCGCAAAAGCAGCAACAGCCUCGACUCGCAGCGCUGUGUCUCGGAUGGCUCCACGGAGACCCUGGCCAUGGUGGUGGCGGAGCCUGGCGAGAUGCUGUCCUCUCCCGAGUUCGAGGGCGGCCCCUUCAGCUCCCAAUCAGACGAGACCUCUCUCAGCACCACCGCCUCAUCUGUCACGCCCACCAGCGAGCUGCUGCCCCUGGGCCCAGUGGAUGGCCGCUCCUGCUCCAUGGACUCCGCCUACGGCACCCUCUCCCCGACCUCCCUGCAAGACUUUAUGGCCCCAGCCCCUACGGUGGAGCCAGCACUCCGGCCCCCAGAGUCAUCACAAGCCCCUUCACCCCCACCCUCGCCCCGCCUCCGCCGACGCACUCCUGUCCAGCUGCUGCCCUGUCUGCCCCACCUGCUCAAGUCCAAAUCUGAGGCCAGUCUCCUCCAGCUGCUAUCGGGGGCCACCACCCAUGGAGCGCCCCCAGCCCCUAGCCGCAGCCUGUCGGAACUCUGCUUGGCUGCUACCGUCCCUGGCACCAGGACUCAGGGUUCCCCUCAGGAAGCUGGGCCCAGCUGGGAUUGCCAGGGGGCACCAGGCCCUGGCAGUGGCCCCGAGCUGUCAGAGCUGGAGGGUGGAGCCGGCUGCCCAGGUGGGGAGCCCAAAGGACCCACCAGGAGGAGCAGAGAGCUGUCCUCGGGGGCCUCGCCCAGGGUCCAGCCUGAGCCCCCCCCAGGGACCUCUGCCCAGCACAGGAAGCUGACGUUGGCCCAGCUCUACCGAAUCAGGACCACCCUGCUGCUUAACUCCACCCUCACUGCCUCGGAAGUCUGAGCAGAGGGAGGCUCCCAAGGGUGCCACUGACCAAGGGACAGCAGACAGCACGCCUCCUGGGGUGUGCCGGCCCCUGCUCCAGCUGCCGCCUUAUGUGUGCACGAGCCGGAGUGCUGGGCAGGACCCCUGCCACCGCCCCCAGGGCCCAAUUUGCACUUUGCCAGACUGGAUGGAAGUGGAGGAGGGCUCAGCAGAGGCCCAGGCCCAGGCUGCAGGACCCCCUCACAGUUGUCACUGUCACUAACCUGCCUGUGCCUCUGCCCCCCAGCCUAGGCAGGGUCCCUUGCCCCCUACUCCCUGAAGUCACCAGCUCCUAGCCUCUGGGCUGGGCUCCAGGGCUGGGAUCCCAGGCAGCCCUUCCCACCUCCACCCUCAUCUGGCCCCAAAUGGGACGGUUCCCGUGCCCUCACCUCCCUCCCUCCCUCCCACCUACUCACCCACCUAGUCCUUGGGUUGGGCUCUGUGUAAAGUUGCAUAUUUAUUGAGCGUUUGAUUCUUUUAUAAAGACUUGUAUAUACUCCACCGGAAAAAGUCCUUUGCUUUUGGAACGCCCCCCUUUCGGGACUCAGGUGCACUUGGGCGGGACUCAGGUGCACUUGGGCGCCUCCCUGGGCUCCUGCCCCCUCCCUCUGGUGGGGCCCCGCUGGAAGAGACUGUGGGAGAAGUGAAUUAGUGGGGCAGAGAUCGCCUGACCUGUACUCCCAAGAUCAACCCCUGUCCCCUGCCGCAGACAUGAGGUCCACCACUAGAGCCCCUCACGAGGUGCCCUCCCCCACGUGGUACCUUAGAGGGCCCUGCCCUGAGCCACCCCUCUGAGCUUAUGCCAGGGUGGGCCAUGGUCUCAGGCUCUGCUGAGAGUGCCCCCUAGGA